AUGGAGAAGAGGCGAUCAUACUACGCCGUAUUGAUACCAACUCUCUUGACCGUAUCAGUAUGGCUAGCAUGUGCGGGCCAUUCUUGUGCCCGUCAUGCUAAGGCUAAGCAUCCCAUGGCCGGACCACCACAGUGUCCAAACUGUGGACCCAUGGUUGUACCUUACCCGCUAAGCACGGGUCCAAACUGUGGCGAUCAGGCUUACAAGAUAAAUUGUGUCGCGGGUAAGCUGUAUUUUGGCGCUCUUCAUGGUUCAUCGUAUCUCAUCACGUCCAUCAACCCGGUGUCCCAGCGGAUCGUUCUACGCCCACCCGGUCUUGCUAGCUCCGGAUCUUGUCUCUCGGGUGAUGUCUCUAAAGCGGGCCUUGAGCUCGACCCGCAUCUCCCUUUCAGUAUCACUACUAGCAACACUAUCUUGUUGCUUAGUUGCCCUGAGGCUAUGCUCCAGGCGCCAAUAGAUUGUACAGUGACCAGCUUAUGCCACAGCUACAUCAAGAACAAUGCACCAGCUUGUUCUAAGGCUCCAUUUUGUUGCACCUUUAGAACCGAUGGGUCUCAAACCGCUUACACAAUCAAGAUCAACGGUGGAGGAUGUCUUGCGUACCAGAGUUUUGUGGGGUUGGAUCCAAACAAAGAAGUUCCUCCUCCCGGGAAAAAAUGGCCCGACCCAGGGCUGGAGUUGCAAUGGGCAUUGCCUAAGGAACCAGUUUGCAAAACAGAUGUAGAUUGUAACCUCUUGUUAGGUAAAUCAAAGUGCUUGCCUGACCCGACGAGUCUCGGUCUGAAACGAUGCUCCUGCAAAAAGGGUUUGGAAUGGGAUCCGAUUAACGCAAUAUGUGGUAAAUGUCGCCAUGGGAAACACUGCAAGAAAAAGAAGAAGACCAUUGUUCUCGCAGGUACGGCUGCUGCUCUUGUGGGAGUUACACUCGCAAUUGCGGUAGCGGUUCUUGCACAUAAACAGGGCCACAAUAAGGUUAAAAGAGAGAUCCAUAAGAACAUCGUCAAGGAGCGAGAAGAGAUGCUUAGCGCAAAUUCCACCGGAAAAUCAUCAAGAAUCUUCACCGGCAGAGAAAUCACAAAAGCAACCAACAAUUUCUCAAAAGACAAUCUCAUAGGCACCGGAGGUUUCGGUGAAGUGUUUAAAGCUGUUCUUGAUGAUGGUACCGUAACAGCGAUCAAACGAGCAAAGCUUAAUAACACGAAAGGCACUGAUCCAAUCCUAAACGAAGUCCGUAUUCUCUGCCAAGUCAAUCACAGAAGCUUAGUUAGGCUACUUGGCUGUUGUGUCGAUCUUGAAUUGCCUCUCUUGAUCUACGAGUUUAUUUCCAACGGUACGCUAUUUGACCAUCUCCAUAGCAACUCAGAGCAUCACUGGAAACCGCUAACUUGGCGGCGAAGACUGCAGAUUGCAUACCAAACCGCUGAAGGCUUAGCUUAUCUCCAUUCCGCAGCAAUGCCACCAAUUUACCACCGUGACGUAAAAUCAAGCAAUAUUUUGCUCGAUGACAAGCUAAAUGCCAAAGUCUCAGACUUCGGGCUUUCGAGGCUCGUGGAUUUAACUGAAGCCGCUAAUAACGAGAGCCAUAUCUUCACGGGUGCACAAGGUACAUUGGGUUAUCUUGAUCCAGAAUACUACCGGAAUUUCCAGCUAACCGAUAAGAGCGACGUGUAUAGCUUCGGAGUUGUGCUUCUAGAGAUAGUUACAUCGAAAAAGGCGAUAGAUUUCAGCAGAGAAGAGGAAGAUGUGAACCUGGUAAUGUUUGUUAACAAGAUGAUGGACGAAGAGAGAUUGAUUGAAUGCAUCGAUCCGCAACUGAAGAAGACUGCUACCAAGCUUGAGCUGCAGACAAUGCAACAGCUCGGGAAUUUAGCAUCCGCAUGCCUUAACGAGCGGAGACAGAACCGGCCUUCGAUGAAAGAAGUUGCUGAUGAGAUCGAAUACAUCAUCAAUAUUCUGUCACAAGAGGUUACUGAGACACAGCUGUCUUAG